AUGCAGUUCUCCGACUCCAUGUCGUCGACCUCGUCAGCGGCCUCGACCCCGCGACGACUGGGUGGUGGCUGCCCCAUGGUCGUGAAGGCGUCCACCCCGCCUGCGAGCGCGGUUCGCGCAUUUCAUACCACGUACUCAUCGGAGAGACGCGACACAUACAGCGACGGUGCCCAGCGUCUGUACGGUGAGAACAGCUCGCUUCGGAUUCAACUGACCGUGGGACUCAGCAGGAGCGGCAGCCCAGUCUCAGACGCCGCAGCAGCACACAACGGGGUCGAGAGAGCACAUGACGACGAUCUUCGGAUGCCCUCCACGCAGCAGGCGCCGCCCUUCUUUCCAAAGGCGUCCGCUGCUCAUCCUGCGACUCAGGACUUUCGGGGAAAGAACUCGGCAGCUCAGGAGGACGUGAAGGCAUUUUGCAUGACUCGGUCGUCGUCCUCCUCCACUUUGUCAGUGUCGUCCGUCUCUUCGCUGACCCCUGGACAGCCUGAGGGGAAGAGGGCACUUGUGAGCUCGAUCGUAAGCAAGCGUCUGCAGCUGCACCGCCAUUCGACCUCCAAGACGCCGUUUGUGACGUCGGCAAGGUCGCCAUCAAAGUCGUUGGCUCCGGCGGCGCGGCGAAGCGGCAGCUCCCAGUCCUCCUCGUCAGAAUCCUCUGCCUCCGAUGUGGUGUUUCAUCGGCUUCCCUUGCCCCACGCUACGCUAGCCGUCUCCUCGUCGGAUGCAGCGGAGCCACCCUCUGAGUCAGUGCUGCCGCCUGCGCACCACCACGACCCCUUGUGCGCUGACAUGGCGACGUCCUCACCCAGCACCACCGUGCCAGCGGCACCGUCGCUGCAUCGGCCAGUCGUAGAAAAGCCGACGAUGGCAGCUUCUGCCGGCACACUCACCAAUACGGAGCGCACCGGCACCGCUGGUGCCAGCUUCCUCACCUCUUCCGCCAGCCCCAUGACACUGAAUCCCGCCGUCUCGUACACGCACGCAUCGAAGUCACCAGCAGCGGCAGUCCUGCCAGCGUCGCAGCUUUCCACCAGCCCGUCGCCUGCGGGUAGUCUUCCAAGCGAUCCGCUGCUGCCGCACAUUCUACCGGCCGCUACAAGGCACGGGAACGCCGUGUAUUCGAGCUUCGAGGAAGCGUCGGGCGAAGAGGUGGACGAGGAUGACCUGAGCAACAGCGCAGCGAGUAGAGCCGCCCAGGCGGCGCUGGACGCUGAGGAGCAGCUGCAUGAGCACGAGAGCCCGUCAGACUUGACCCCGCUACUGACGGUCUUGACGGAGCAUUCGUUUUCAGCCAGCCUACCUCCGACACCGGCGCCGAACGAAGCGUCUGCGCCACCACGGCCAAUGCAAGUGCAUGCAGGUGAAAGCGAGAUGGACACGAGCACGGGUGGCUUCAACCGUGACGAGAAAACGGACUGCGACGGCACCGUGGCAGGCACGCUGGCCAGCAGCAGCGUCGACCUAGUGCACACAACCCCGUCCGGAAAGCGUCAGCUUGUGUUUCGAGAGGAGCGCAGGGACUUGGAUGGUGCUGUGGCUAAUUCUUCCGGCGAUGCCGGAGCCGUUUCCCCCAUGACCGCCCGGCGACGGCAGCCGCCACCCCCACCGACUCCGUCAACCACCACAAAAAAGUCACCAUCGUCGUCGUCCGCCAUGCGACAGGGCGUGGAGAGUGAUGACGCCAAAAGCGGCGGUAGCUCCCCUUGCACUAAACUGACGGUGGAGCAGCAAUAUACCCCAGUCAUGGCUCAGGGCGUCUUCGGAACACUCGCGACGUCUGUCGACGCGGCGCAGUCUGUAGGGCACUACAGCGCCUCGGCCCUCCCACCUGACCGCAGCAGUAGCAGCGGCAGCGAUAACCCCGCGUUCAUUUUGGCCAAGAAAGCUGGCGAUCCCGCUCACAAAAUGCGCAGCACUGCCAACGACACGUACGCGCUGUCGCCACAGCGCCAGAGGGUGAUGGAGUGUAGUGGCAGGCCGGAGGAGGCCGCUGUCGCUGAAAAUGUCGGCUCCGCGAUCACGCCGUCCACUAUCGCGACGGCGGGCGACGCUGCCAGGGGCAGGGGCAGUGACAGCGAGGACGUCGCCGCUGCGACCUCCCCGCCUGGCCUCCAGCAACACCCGCCUCACCAUAGCCGUGAACCCAUGUCAGCCUACAAAAUGAAUGGUGAGACGAAAACACGCGCCGCCGACCCUGCGCCACUGACCACGGGAGGCGAAACGUCGGCGUCGCGCGUGAGUGCCCUUCUGAUGCCUCCAUCACCGUCCCAGCCGCGCGCAACGGCGAUGCUGGAUAACAGAUCUUUCCCCUCGCGACCUUGCGGAGACGCCACUGCUGCGUCGCUUGCAAGACAAUCGGACCGCAGCAACAGUGGCCGGGCCUUGCCGGCUGCAGAGCACGACGCAGCGGAGCAACCGUCAAAGGGCGAUGUGGUGCGGCGGGCGCUGGUGAUGCGAAGCAUCCAGGACUCCAGCACAUCGUCAUCGUCGUCCUCUUCCUCCUCGAGAAGCGUCGGUGGCCACAGAAAUGAGCAGAGGCCGGCCAUCGACAACCGAGGCACGGGAGUGGCAAGCAGCGGGCAGACCUCCAUCGAGAAAAAAGGGGGCGGCAACAAUCGACCUGUAUCGCCGUCCAGUUCGGCGCUGUGCGUCGACGCAAUGCACGCGGAGGGCACAUCUGCUACACAUGCGUGUGCUCUCCAGUACACGGGAGCUCGCAACGGCGGUGCCGUUCGUGAAAACGAGGAAGCUGAAGAAGAUGAGGAGGACGGGCCACCCAUCAACUGGGACGGCGCGGAGGAACAGGAAGGCAAUCCGCUUCUGCUGCAGGAAGCCGGUCGCUGGGAUGCCGUGCUGGAAGAGAUGGAGCUGGUGGACUGCACAGUUGUUUCGCGGGUGUAUCAGCGAUCUAUGCCGUUCGGGCGCACCGCGUCCCACUUGGACGGUAAAGAUGCGGGGGACAGCAUGGGCAGCGAAGACGGCGACGAACUUUGCCUCUUCAAGGUGGUCUCGCUGUUCCCCAUCGUCGCGGGCCAUUCCGAGCGGUGGGGGCGACGUACACGAGUGCAGAAGCGCUUGCUCGCUCUGGCGGAGGAAAUGCGUGCCACGCAGCGCGCGCUCGACGAGGCGGGGUUGACGGCAGCUGAAGCGGAGCUCGGGUCCUCAGCCCCCCAGCACGUUGGCGCGAGUGCCAAAGCAACCGCCAAAGGUGAAGAGAGGGUUGGUGGCGCGGAAGAGGAUACAGAUGACGUGUUUGCGGAGCGAAGGCGGCGCACCACCUGCGCCGGUGUGUCGGAGGUGUACGUGGAUUCGCGCUGCCGCCUCAUAGCCCAGCUGGAGACGGUGCCGUACAUGGUACCGCUGCGGCAUCUCGUCGCCGCCAGCUCUGGCACGGGACUUCGCGAGAACGAGGUGCUUGCCCUCAUUCGCACUGUCGUCUGCAAAACAGCGACAAUGCACAGGGCGGGCUAUGUGCACGGCGCACUGCAUGCCGGCAACGUACUUCUCUCUAGCUAUGACGGUGACGCGGUACUGACGCAGCCAUGCGGACUGAUGAGUCAGAGCUCCUGGCUGCCGACUGACUUGUCCGUCAUCAGCGUGGCGCGCGCGAAUGCCAUGACGCCAUACUUUUCCGAGGUCUGGAGCGCGCGCCGGCUGCAGGUGGGCGGUCCCACGUCGACGCGACUCGGAUCCCCACAGCGGCCAGACAUCGCAGAGCUCAUCACCUACCACAACUUGGCUGCCCUGGGCUGGCUCGGCGACGACGCGCGGAAAGCUGGGGGCUCUGAUAACAGGUGCGACAGCGAUGAGCUGUGCAUCGCCGGUGAUGCCUACACUCCCACCGCCGCCGACGACCUUCACGCCGUGGGCAUGAUCGCCUUUCUUAUCUAUGUUGGUAUCCCGCCGUUUCAAAUGGCGUCCCUGGGGGAGGUGGUGGAGCGGCUCAGGGCACUGGGUACUGCCUAUAGAGCUGCCAUGCAGUCCUCCUCCUCUUCGUCUUCCACGGCGGCCCGUCAGGAGGCCCGCCGUCUCGUGGCGGAGUUCUGCUUUGGGACUCGCCGACACGGCGCCGGCGCAAAUGACUGCUACAGAGACGGUGACGAGGACGCUUCUCCGUCCUCAGGAGAACCGCUGCAGCGGCACGGCGUUGCGCGAUUUCGACCAGACUUCGAGGAAGCCCUGCAGUCCUUUAUCGUGGACUGCGUGGAGGCGUCUUGCAGUGCAGCAAUGCUGAAGGAGGAGAACGGCACUGCGUACGCGUCGGGUGCAGCGCCGCAUGUCUACGCCAACGCGCAGGAGUUGCUUACCCGUCAUCCCCUCUUCAAACUCUUUGCACUCCCGGCACACGCAACCCAGAGCGACGAGAGGGAACACGAAAACGGUGACGGUGUGCAGUCUUCAGGGGACGAGGAAUCCCAUCAGAGCGUUGAUGAGAGGAUGCGCGACACGGUACACCGAGUUGCCUACCCUGCCUUCUGCACGUGGGCUCGCGCCCGCGAGGACUGUGGCUCGGCGCCGCACCUGAGUCGACUGCACAGCAAUGCGCUCUUCACUGCUCGCUGCACUGCGCUGUGCGAGUGCGUUUCGGCCACCGUGUCGUCCUUCGACCACGAGAACAGUGAGUCCCAGAAUGCCGCCCAGGACGGUGAGCCGUGGUCGUCGCUCUCAUUUAUCAGCCCUCAUGUGUCGGGAGCCCUACAGGCAUGGAAAUUUCCUUUCCUCUCCGCGGAGGCGGGCACCAGCUGCCUUAACGGUCGCGAGAUGGACACGCGCACCUGCACGGUGGCGUCAGCGCCAGCGAUCUGGCACAGGCAGGGGCGAGGCAACGCUCGUGCGGUGACGGACGGUGCCCGGCUCCGGUGCUUGCCCGCGCUGGUGCGACCGACCGCUUCAGCAGCGCCUACCGGGCUCGCUGCCAGUGGUGACGGCGACGAUGGCGCUGAUGGUGGCGUCUCGGCCACCACCUUAGCGCAGCAAGAAGAGGAUGCGCUGGCGGCACAGUUCUUCUCUGGUGCGCAGCGUCAGGUUGACGGCGACUUUGUACAUCAGCAAUACUUGCACGCACUCACGCUGGCGGGGAAGCAGGAGAGCGCCUUCUCUUUAAGCCGCGCCUUUGUUCUUUCACAUGUGCUGCCUGUCGCCGACACGCUGGUGCUGCAGCACCUAACUGACUGCACGGUGUCGCUGCUCGCGCCAUUUCGCUACGUGGUGCUCGAUGGGUUGCAGCGCUGCGAAGUUCGACUGGGCCCCUGCGAGUCGUGCGUGCUGCGUGACGUGCAUGACUGUCCGCUCAUCGCCGUCGCGGCGCUCCAACUCUCUGGCAACAACGUCACCGAGACACACUUAAGCUGGAGCAGACAGGGCAGUAGUCGUCCCCUGCUGAAGUGCAGCCGCGGCGUCACCGCAUCCCUCUACGGCCUCAUGUAUGAGGGCCUCGUUGAGGACUACGCGAGGGUGGGUCUCGCACUGGAGCACACCGCCUGCUUUCUCGCCGCCGACGACGUGACCGGCGACUCCGGUGAGGUCGAUGGCGCCGUCAAUUCUCGAGGCCAGGCGCUGCCGUGUCCGCGCGCUGUUGAGCUCCUGGCAACAACUGCAACCAGUACGAGCCGAAGCCAGAGGGAGGUGGGACUAUGCCUCGCCCCGGAGGCGCCGUAUGACCUCGCGCUGCUCUUGAGCAACACCCGCUACGUGCACAGUGGCAGGCAUAGUGGUGGCCUGCAGAGCCCAGGGACGCCGUCUCCUGACGUGUUUCACUUCUUUGGCGAGUUGGCGGAGAAGGACGUUGUGGUGUGUGACGUGCGCGGUGGCACUCGCGACGGUGACGCACGCCCGGUGGUCUUUCUGGUUGGCGCGCUUGGCGACGUUGUGAUCGAGCGGUGCAGUCACUGCACGAUCUUGGUGGCUGGGACGCCGAGCAACUUGCAGGCGUCCCAAUGCCACGACUGCCAGCUGAUCUUUAUGGCGCGCGAGUCGGUUGUCGAGAAUUGUGCCCGUGUGGAGUGCAUAGCGCUCGUGACGGAGUAUCUGUUGGUGCAGGGGUGCGACGCGGUGUGGGUGCGGCCGCUCUUCCUCGACUGUCCUUUCAGCGAUGAGGUGCUGCGGCGCGUGGUUGGCGGAAGCGUCGGCGGCGACGAGGAGGAGAUGGUGGUCGGUGCGUAUGAGGCUGGCCGGCUUGAUGAGCUGAACGCUGUGCUGCGCGGCGUUGGGCAGGGGGUGGUCGUGGAAGCUUCAGAAAACGUGGUGAUCGAUGAUAUUGGCCACUACUAUCAUCGCAGCGGCCGCGCCGGUGACGGCGAGCGCGAAGAUGGGGCAGACGGCGACGGCUUCUCCGUAUUGUCGGUCGCGUAUGCGAGCAUGCAGAGCCCCACCGCAGCUGCGAGUUCCUCAGGCAAUGGGUCGCGGCUCAUGGCAGAGGCCGCACAGUCGCUUGCGGAGCAUCUCUCCGUGCCGUGCUACCUCGAGCCUCUCCAGCGCUACGGCGGCGAGGAAAGGGGUGCAGCCAGCCAUGCGGAUCGACCCACCGUGUCCUUCCACGACCUGUUGAACUGCUCUGUGCUUCGCCUGCGCGGGUCUGUGUGUCCCCUGGAGUCACAGGCAUCGUCCACCUCACGCGGCUCCACGGCGGAACUGGUGGAUAUCUGCGUGGAGCGGGUGCACGGCGGCGUCAUCUAUGUGGAGGAUGCCGUUCGAACGCUGCACCUGCGCCACUGCGUCGGCCCGCUGGACGUCGUCGUCUGCGCUGCAGCGAGGGUGUUCAUGGAAGCCUGCGUUGGUGUGCAGCUGCGCACGGCCUGUGUCGACUUCCACGCCACCGACUGCGUCCACUGCCAUGUGGCGCUUCACGUGAACCACCCGCCACAGUACCAGCGUUGCAGGAGCGUGCAGGCCUCGGCGCUGAACAUCACCGCGCGAGACUUCAACGCACUGUUAAGCGCUGCCGGGGUGGACUUGGCAACAAACCUGUACGAUGAGCCGCUGCUACGGACGGAGGAAUGGCAGCCGACUGUGGCGGCAGGGUCGUCGGGUGCCUUGUUGGAAGCGUGCGGAAUGCGUGCCUUACAUGGCGGCUGCGUGGAUACCUCUACCGGACCCCAUAGCACCGCUGACAUGUGUGCUGUACUGCUCUCCUCGGUGCCCAGGGAGCCGUUGCAUCCGCGACAGGGAGGGCUGCUUGACGGCAAGCUGCGUGUGCCGCCUGACCAAGUGCCGCGCAUCAUGACCGUGCUGCGCCAGCCUGUGACAGUGGUGGCCCCGCUUCCAGGGCUGUGCGCCAGCCCGAAUGAGACUCCUUUUCUGGAGGAGCUAGAGGCGCGCGUGGUGGUGUGGGCGAAACAGCCGCUCUCACUAUCGCGUGAGGAGGCGGUUGCCAUCGCGCUGUACGCCUUGGCUGACUUGGCAGAGGUGUACGCGAGUGUCACGGAAUGGGUUGAGGCGACGGACGCGGUACAGGCCACUGAGGCACCGGAGCCGGUGGUUGCAUUCGGCGGGUCUCUAAAUCCCAAUGCCCCACCACACCUCCUGCCCACUCGUGCACCUCCCUCGCUGCCUUCCACCUCCUCACAAUCCUCGACGACUGACAGCGUUCCAGGACUCGCGUUGGACGCGGGUCAGCAGAGGCUGCCCUCCACUGACCGCGUACUGCUGCAGCAGGCGGAGCAGCAUUGCACCAAGGGCGGUGAGUGUGCUGUUCAGGAUGUGUCAGCGGCACCCUCGUCAUCGCCGUCGGUGGACGACGCCUGUGGAGCGGAACGCCCAACACCUGCACAGCCGGUGCUGCUUGAAGUCAGUACUGGCGAGAUAGCACCGGGUACGGAGGGCUUCGUGGAAGAGGUCGCCAUGCACAGUGCACCCGCGCCGUCACUCUCGCCGCCGUUGACCUGCGACACAGACUCAGCAGCUGCACCGAAGAACGACGGCGCUCAAACGCUAUCAGCAGGGGAGCCUUGGGCCGACUCAGGGCCGCUUCACCGACCGCCCCAGUCAGACAGGUUGCCGAUGCGCGCGCAGCACGGCGGACUCGCCGCUGCCGAAUUACCAACGUUGCCGUGCACCGCGGCGAGUGCAGUUGCCUCAACUGUGGCUGGGCUCGAUGGCGCCGUCUCGGGGAUGGAAGAUGACACAUCAGUGAACUCGAGCGCUGCCGCGCCGCCGCUGCCGCCGGGACCCGCCUACGCUCUCAACCCCACGAAUGUCGGUGCUUCCUCCACGAUGGACGUCUUUUACCACACACGGCACGGCGCCACGUCCGGGGCCACCGGGACAGCAGGCCUGCUCAUGGAGGAGGAGAGCGGCGCCUACUCGCUCACCGCCCGCACGCUGGAUGACGAAGGUGCGGACCUCGCCUCCGCCUCUCCCUGCCCCGAUGACAUACGUUCACCCGUCAUCACAGGCGGCCACCCGGCCAUUAAGUGGGCCAUGGGCAACGGUGACAACCACGAGGGCGCGCGGAGUGGACCACAAGUUUCACCAGUGGCGGAGACCAUGGAUGGCCUGGAUGCCCAGGCGCAGGCCCACUGGCCCUCGUCGUGGGAGAGGUCGCCGCAUCGUAUGUCAUCAGAGGAGCGCAGCAGUCGCAACGGCGACGAGCUGGUGGUCGCCCCCACCGCCCUCUGUGAGAAGGCGCUACAGGAAGUAUUGCUGACGGAAGGGGACGAGCCGCACGGCGCACGCAAUGCCGUGGAUGAUUCUUCUUUGCGUACCUCCUCCUCCUCCUCUGUAGCCGAGUACCCGUGGCGCGGCGCGAUGUCGUACGAGAGUAGCGCCGAGUACGUCGCGGGCAGCAGUGACAGCGGCACUGGCGAGUCGGCAGUGCCACAGACCAACUUCCUCCACGUGUCGCAGGACUCGUCCUCGCGGCCGUUGGAGCUGAACUCCCACGCUACCACGGUGACCCCGGAGAUGGCCACUGGCUCCAAAGAGGGUGGCGGUGGCGAGGAUGGCAGCUUCUCCAGGGUGCGAGGCGGCGUGCUCGCGCCGCCGGGAUGCAGGCGUGCCGUUGUGCCAAAGACCGAACCUCUGGGAAGGAUCUCGCCUGAGGUCACGGUAAUGAAUGAGGGCAAUGCGGACGUAAAGGCGGUGCUACGACAAGUAGAGCAGGCACGCCAGCGCUUCGCGCGAAAUCAGCGCUUGUGGGAAUCGUCAGCGGGUGGCGGCUUGGAGGCGCGUGUGCGGGCGGCGGUGGCGAAGCUGACGGCCUUGAAGGCUGCGCAUGCUGAGGCCGCCUAG